CUUGCGGCUAAUCAGUAUGUGACAUGUUUCUUGGCCUCUACUCACUCAUUCGCAGCAAGCCCCCUGGCAACAUGUGCUCAAGGCCUGUGUUAUCCACCAGACACCAUAUCAGCAUCUAGGACGAGGCGGGCGACUGUCCAGUUCCCAUGACCUGUCUGAACUCCCAGCAUAUUCAGCAGGAGCAUCGUACUCCAGAUCCCAUGAUGGACACAUGGACUUUGUCGUGCACCGAUCCCUCAAGCUCUGCCUGCUGGCGAUAUGACUCCACCGGUCCCGCAAAUCAGUGGCAUGACCAUACAAUGUGCAUUUGCGAUACUACAGCCGAGGUCGGUACUGCUUUCGCAAAAAGAGAACAUUCCCAGUACGACAACGUUUCCAAGGGACACAUCGGAACCGUCGUCCACAUCCUCCGCAUCCUUCACGCCCGGCUUCAAACAUCGAGUUCCAGCAGCCACAUCGGACCUAUCGUAGGAGGCGUCCGCGGAAGCCUCACUAUCAUUGCAAGCUCUGUGGUAGUCACUGUCUGCAUUCGUCGCCACCGGCCCAAGCACGCCAUACAGGCCCCAAAUUCUGCAGUCAAUGCACACGAUCCUCCCGCUCCUUUCCCAGUGCCCUAUGGCGGGUACAGCGACUCACAAGCAAUCUCAAUGUAGCCGUACGGUCAACUCUCAGACAAGCAGCUCGCCGUCCCGAUAUCCAUUCUUACCAUCUGACGGUCGACAUGCCUGUACUUU